AUGUCUGGAGCGUCUCAAAACGACCCCUACGCCUUCGCUUCCGCUUCUGCCUCUGCUUCCGCCGCUUCGUCCUCAUCGCAUACUCCAAACUCCAAUGCCGACGAUCGCGACGAGCUCGAUUUCCUUCACGACGACGCCAGCGAUGACAGCGGCCGGGGAAGGUCUCGCGACCGAGAUCAUGUGCUCGGCGACGAUCCGCUUCAGAGCAAUCUGGGUGCGCCCAUGACCUUUAAACGCAGACAGGGGCCCUCGUUCUGGUCUGCGCCCUCUCGACUUCUCUCCGCCAUCACAGGUUCACGACCGCAUGCCUCCUCGAGAGGACCGUCUCCAGCUGUUUAUCCAAGCUCUAAUACCCCCCCGCGCCCUGAGACUGUCAUAUUCAACGAAGCUUCCAAGGAUGGUGUGCCACAUGAUUGGUAUGUCGAGGGACCAGGGCGUCGAGUCGGUUACGAGGAUCUUACGGCCAUCGAUUGGAUCUUCGAAUACACAAAAGAGCGCCAGAGGUUGCGCAUGCUAUACUCGAGUGCGUCUGGGGUUAUAGGUUAUGUGCGACGCCUCAUUGAUGCCAGCCAAGUCUGGAUCGUCCUGCUCUUGACGGGUAUGCUUGUAGGCACUGUUGCUGCUGUCAUCAACGUCACGACCGAUUGGCUUGGAGAUUUGAAGGAAGGAUACUGCGCCAGUGGUCCAGAGGGAGGUCAUUUUUACCUAAACAAGGCCUUCUGCUGUUAUGGCUAUGACCAAGGCUCCAAAUGCGACGGUUGGAAGACUUGGGGCGACGCCCUGGGAGUCCAUUCAAAAGGUGGCAAGUGGUUCGUCGAGUAUUUCUUCUUCAUUUCUUUCGCGAUGCUGUUUGCAUAUGUCGCAGCCCUUCUCGUCCAAGAAUAUGCCAUCUACGCAAAACACAGUGGUAUUCCAGAAAUCAAGACUGUUCUGGGGGGCUUCGUUAUUCGACGGUUCCUUGGACUCUGGACACUCAUCAUCAAGUCUCUUGGUCUUGCUCUUGCUGUUGCAUCAGGCAUGUGGUUGGGCAAAGAAGGCCCCCUAAUUCAUGUUGCUUGCUGUUGCGCCAACGUAUUUACGAAAUUGUUCCGCAACAUCAAUGACAAUGAAGGUAGAGAGCUUCCCUAUGAUGCAGUCGGUUUUCAUCAGCUAACGCUAUUAGCCCGCAAACGUGAGGUUCUUUCGGCUGCUGCCGCUUCAGGUGUCUCAGUUGCAUUUGGUUCCCCCAUCGGUGGUGUCUUAUUCAGUCUCGAGACUUUGUCUUAUUACUUUCCAGACAAGACGAUGUGGCAGAGCUUUGUCUGUGCCAUGACUGCUGCAGUCGUUCUUCAGGCUUUCGACCCCUUUCGAUCUGGCAAGCUUGUCUUGUAUCAGGUUCACUACAGCAUUGGAUGGCAUGGCUUCGAGCUGCUCCCCUACGCCAUACUAGGCGUCAUGGGUGGCAUACAUGGCGGUCUCUUCAUAAGACUCAACAUGGCUAUUGCUCGGUGGAAGAAAUCGAACCGAUGGAUUCCAGGCCCUAUCGUCCAAGUUCUCAUCGUGGCCUUCUUCACAGCCCUCAUCAACUACCCCAACUUCUACAUGAAGGUGCAGACGACUGAGCUCGUCUCCAACCUCUUUUCAGAAUGCUCACAGGUUCUUGACGACCCCAUCGGCCUCUGUAGAACAGGAGCUGCUUCGGCCAGGACCAUUGUUCUCCUAGUCUUUGCAUCUGUAUUGGGCUUCUUCCUCGCCGCUGUCACAUUCGGUCUCCAGAUUCCCGCCGGAAUCAUUCUCCCUUCUAUGGCCAUAGGUGCCUUGACAGGCCGCGCUGUCGGUAUCAUCAUGGAGAUUUGGGUUACCAAUCACCCUGGAUUCUUCUUAUUUGGCUCAUGCGAACCUGAUAUACCCUGCGUCACACCAGGGACAUACGCCAUCGUCGGAGCAGCAGCAUCUCUUGCUGGAGUAACCCGCUUGACCGUCUCUAUUGUCGUCAUCAUGUUUGAGCUCACGGGCGCCCUCACCUAUGUUCUCCCCAUUAUGAUCGCUGUCAUGAUAUCAAAGUGGGUGGGCGAUGCUUUCUCUCGUCGCGGUAUCUACGAAUCGUGGAUUCACUUCAACGAGUAUCCCUUUCUCGACAAUAGUGAGAACAACGAAUCUAUUCCUGACAUCCCAGCUUCUCAAGUCAUGACUCGCAUCGAGGAUCUUGUAGUUCUUACUGCCACAGGUCACACCAUCGCAUCUCUCGCCACUAUCCUCGAGAUGCACCCAUACCGCGGUUUCCCUGUCAUAUCAGAUCCCCGAGAAGCCAUUCUUCUUGGAUAUAUCUCUCGUGCCGAGCUGGCAUAUAAUCUCUCGGCCUCAACGCAAGCGCCUCGUUUGCUGCCCCCUGAGACUGAAGCCUUUUUCUCUCACCAGCCCAUGGCAGAUCCACGUACGACCCUGGAUCUUCGCCCCUGGAUGGACCAAACACCGCUUACCCGGGCUUCGCAUACAAGUCUUCACCUUGUCGCUACAUAUUUCCAAAAGCUCGGCCUGAGAUAUCUUCUCUUCAGCGAUCGCGGUGUUCUACAGGGCUUGUUGACGAAGAAGGACGUCUGGUAUGUCCUCAAUGGUGCCGAAGAGACACGCCGCACUAUGGGUCUGGCACCCGGCGGUGCUAGUCAUGAGACUGGCGUUACAGACAGGAUAGCAGAUGACAAUGGCGGCGGUGAAAGUAGUGGAUUAUUACAAGGCGAUGGUGCCGAUGAUGGGGAUAGCAUACAAGGGGAAGAACCAAUGUUAUAA